AUGCGCUGCCAAUGUAUCAUAUGCACAGACGACUUCGACCAUUCUGCUGAUAUCGCGUGUCUCCCAUGCGGUCACACGUUCCAUCAGUCUUGUCUGGAUCAGUGGCUGAAGAAUAGCUUCACUUGCCCAACGUGUCGUUGUCGGGUGAAAGUUCGGGAUGUUCGCCGAGUUUUCCUCACAUCCCUCGACAGCACCAUCUGCGAUGCCUCUCAACUCGGUAAGGACCUGUCCGAAACCACCGUGAAGAACCUCGAGCUCCGACAGAAAAUUGCGGAGCUUGAAGAAAAGCAUAGGAAACUGAAGGCUCUCUUCGAGAAAUCCGAGACCAGUGCCACGACUGCGAAGAGCAAAUAUCAUGCAGCUGCUAAGAAAGUAGAAUCACUGCAGGGCACAGUGAAGUUAAUGAAGAGUACGCUCGAGGAGAACGUCACUCUCAAGGAAACCAUCACGAAACUGCAAGACACGAUCGAAAAGAGCCGACAUAUGAAACAAGUCCUAAAUGGAACCGAAAAGGAUGUGGAGGACCUCUUGAAACUCUAUGGACCGAGUUCGGCCUCGGUCCGUCAGAUAGCUAUUUACUGUGUCUCCCUGAAACGAGAGCUCGAAUUAGCCAAAAACGAGGUGCGGCACUCGCGAGACGUGAUAAACUCGGCGAGUCGCCGACGAAUCAAUCUUGAAAACGAACUUUCGUCGACGAACAAGGAGUUGGCAGAUGCCACGGCGGAGGCGACGAAGUAUCGAGAGCAGUGCUUCAAGUUAACGGAGCGUCUGGAGAACCUCCCGGAACGACAGGGAUCAUCUGGGUCCAGUGGGAUGAGACGCUGUUCCGGGGAAGCUGAAGCCGAUCCGGAGAAACGUGUCAAACGAACGAAGUCUUUCGUGCCCAGCCCACCGGUACUCAAAGCUAGAACCAAUUCGACCAAAAUUCAUGGUGAAGCCGUGAAAAUCUCGAUGACGAAAGCGCUACCUGGGUACACAAAAAUGAAAAUCACUCCAGCGCUGCGGAAACCUGAGAAUCCCUCGAGAACGACCACCGACGACGAAUUGGUCUUGAAGCUGAUGAAGAAUAAGUUGAGAACAACCGACAAAGACAGCAUUCAACGGAAGGGAUACAAUGGCCUCGGCGGACAUAGCAGCCACAUACAGACAUCCAAGCGAUGA